AUGGCUUUCUUAGCCCUCCAUGGGUCAGCAUUCAUAACUGGUGCAGGUGGCUCCGUUGGGCGAGCCGCUGCACUUGGUCUCGCACGUCAUGGAGUGACCAGAAUAGCUGGAUUAGAUGUGCAUGAAAAAACACUCCAGGAGACAAAGUCCGCCCUGUCACAGGCGUAUCCCGAGGUGGAAUUUCUCCCAGUACAGGCGGACCUCGCAAACGAAGACUCAGUGUCCAACGCUAUCAUGAACGUGUGGACUAAAUUUGGUCGCGUUGAUUAUGCUAUCAAUAAUGCGGGAGUUGGACAACCACUAGCCUCUACUGGCAAUACCGCUAUCACAGAUUUCGACAAGGUCAUGGCCAUUAACUUUCGAGGGGUUUGGCUAUGUGAGAAGCAUGAAUUGCGGUACAUGCGGGAGCAGGAGCCUCGACCAGUACACUCUAUUAACAAGUCGAUAGUUGAACGCGGAUCGAUUGUCAACGUUUCCUCGAUCCUGGGUUUCAUGGCCAUGCCCAAUCUUGGAAUUUAUAAUUCGUCAAAGCACGCCAUCUUGGGACUGACUAGGACUGAUGCGAUCGAUUAUGCGAAAGAAGGUAUAAGGAUCAACGCAGUGGCACCUGGAUUCAUUGACACACCUCUCUUAUUAGAAGAAACACGAAUUGCUCUCAAGAAAACCAUAGACAGAAUUCCUCAAGGGCGGUUAGCAAGCCCAGAAGAAGUGGCUGAUGCUAUCUGCCUCUUGUCUAGUGGGGUAGCAACCCACAUUACUGGCGUCACUUUGCCUGUCGAUGGUGGGAUGACCGUCACCUAG